GGUCACACGUAUUAAUACGACUCUCAGCGCCGGGUAGUGGUAGAGUGCAAGGCUCGGCCUGGGCACGCAUCCCGCUUCUAGUCAUCUCCCGUUCUGCACAGGCUUCCUGCUUUGAUUUCUCCGUCUCGCACCGCCAUGGUGGAUUAUCACGUGACCGGCGGAGGGGCGCCCAAUAACAUAGGCCAGCUGGGACAAGAGCAACGCUAUAUGGAACAAGAGGACACCUGGGACCGGGACCUGUUGCUGGACCCAGCCUGGGAAAAGCAGCAGAGGAAGACAUUCACAGCAUGGUGCAACUCCCAUCUAAGAAAAGCCGGAACACAGAUAGAAAAUAUUGACGAGGAUUUCAGAGAUGGGUUGAAGCUCAUGUUACUACUGGAAGUCAUCUCAGGAGAACGGCUGCCCAAACCAGAGCGAGGAAAGAUGAGGGUGCAUAAGAUCAACAAUGUCAACAAAGCCUUGGAUUACAUUGCAAGUAAAGGGGUGAAGUUGGUUUCCAUCGGAGCAGAAGAAAUCGUUGAUGGCAAUACAAAGAUGACUUUAGGAAUGAUCUGGACAAUUAUCCUGCGGUUUGCAAUUCAGGACAUAUCUGUAGAAGAAACCUCUGCAAAGGAAGGACUUCUUUUGUGGUGCCAGAAGAAGACGGCCCCUUAUAAGAAUGUCAAUGUGCAGAACUUCCACAUCAGCUGGAAGGAUGGGUUGGCUUUCAAUGCCCUUAUCCAUAGACAUCGCCCAGAACUGAUAGAGUAUGACAAGCUGAGAAAGGAUGACCCUGUUACUAACCUAAAUAACGCUUUUGAAGUAGCAGAAAGAUAUCUGGACAUUCCGAAGAUGUUGGAUGCUGAAGACAUUGUCAACACUGCUCGUCCUGAUGAGAAGGCAAUCAUGACAUACGUGUCCUCUUUCUACCACGCCUUCUCUGGAGCUCAGAAGGCCGAGACAGCCGCUAACAGAAUAUGCAAAGUACUGGCUGUAAAUCAAGAAAAUGAACAUCUAAUGGAGGACUAUGAAAAGCUGGCUAGUGAUCUUUUGGAGUGGAUCCGUCGUACAAUCCCCUGGUUGGAGAAUCGUGUACCGGAAAAGACUAUGCAAGACAUGCAGCAAAAGCUGGAGGAUUUCAGAGAUUACCGCCGCGUGCACAAACCACCGAAGGUGCAAGAGAAGUGCCAGUUAGAGAUCAACUUCAACACCCUGCAAACAAAAUUGAGGCUCAGUAAUCGCCCUGCCUUUAUGCCAUCGGAGGGCAAGAUGGUUUCGGAUAUUAAUAAUGGAUGGCAGCACUUGGAGCAGUCUGAGAAAGGCUACGAGGAGUGGCUUUUGAAUGAAAUCAGACGGUGGGAGAGACUGGACCACUUAGCAGAGAAGUUUAGACAAAAAGCCGCCAUCCAUGAGGCCUGGACAGAAGGCAAGGAGGCCAUGCUAAAGCAGAAAGAUUACGAAAGUGCCACCCUUGCAGACAUAAAGGCACUUAUACGAAAACAUGAAGCAUUUGAAAGUGACCUUGCAGCCCACCAGGAUCGUGUGGAACAAAUAGCAGCCAUUGCACAGGAAUUAAACGAGUUGGAUUACUAUGACUCCCCCAGCGUCAACGCUCGUUGCCAGAAGAUUUGUGACCAGUGGGAUCUCCUGGGCUCCUUAACACACAGCAGGAGAGACGCCUUAGAGGUAACGGAGAAACAGUUGGAAACAAUUGACCAGCUGUACCUGGAAUAUGCCAAGAGAGCCGCACCGUUCAACAACUGGAUGGAAGGAGCUAUGGAGGAUUUGCAGGACAUGUUUAUAGUGCACACCAUUGAGGAGAUUGAGGGUCUGAUUGCAGCUCAUGAGCAGUUCAAGUCCACUCUUCCCGAUGCCGACCGCGAGAGAGAAGCCAUUCUGGACAUUCAGAACGAAGCUCAGAAAAUUGCCGAUUACAACCACAUCAAACUAGCCAGUGGGAAUCCUUACACGUCCGUAACUCCGCAGAUUAUUAACGCAAAAUGGGAGAAGGUUCAGCAGCUUGUCCCCAAGAGGGACGGUGCAUUGAAUGGAGAGCAGGACAAACAGCAGUCAAAUGAGCACCUGCGUUUGCAGUUUGGCAAUCUAGCUAAUGUGGUAGGACCUUGGAUACAGGCCAAGAUGGAGGAGAUUGGCAGGAUUGCUAUAGAGAUGCACGGGACUCUGGAAGACCAGAUGAGCCACCUGAAGCAGUAUGAACAGAGUGUCAUCAAUUACAAGCCCAACAUUGACAAACUGGAGCAGCAGCAUCAGCUCAUUCAGGAAGCCCUGAUCUUUGAUAACAAGCACACCAACUAUACCAUGGAGCACAUCCGCGUAGGCUGGGAGCAUCUUCUCACUACAAUAGCUCGCACGAUUAAUGAGGUGGAGAACCAGAUCCUGACCCGGGAUGCCAAGGGCAUCAGCCAGGAGCAGAUGCAUGAAUUCCGAGCGUCGUUCAAUCACUUUGAUAAGGAUCAUACAGGCGCAUUGGGACCUGAAGAAUUCAAAGCCUGUCUCAUCAGUCUGGGAUAUGAUGUGGAAAAUGACAGACAGGGAGAUGCCGAGUUUAACCGGAUCAUGGCUAUCGUUGACCCCAACAACUCCGGCAUGGUCACUUUCCAAGCAUUCAUCGACUUCAUGUCCCGAGAGACGACAGACACGGACACAGCUGACCAAGUCAUUGCCUCUUUUAAGGUCCUGGCUGGAGAUAAAAAUUACAUCACUGCAGCAGAGCUGCGCAGAGAACUCCCGCCGGAUCAGGCCGAGUAUUGCAUCGCUCGUAUGGCCCCCUACCAGGGAGCUGACGCAGUGCCUGGAGCACUCGAUUACAUGUCCUUCUCUACUGCUUUGUAUGGCGAGAGCGACUUGUGAGGGGGUCAUGGAAAAUAGAUUAGGGGGCCUCUAAAACUGCCCCGUCACUCCCAUUGAGCAGCCAGUGCCAUAUUGUGGCAUUAAAGGCAAAGCUAUGGAGGUGUGUGGGCGUCACUGGGCUUAUACUUAAAUAAGUGUAGCGGAAGGUGGGGGAUCACACUUCCAUUGUCUUUGCAGGGUGGGAGGAGGAUGAGGAGAUUUAACUGCUUAAAGGAACCGUAACGUCAACAAAAUGAAAGUGCUUUAAAGUAAUACAAAUAUAAUGUAGUGUUGCCCUGAACUGGUAAAACUGGUGUGUUUGCUUCAGAAAUACUACUAUAGUUUAUAUAAAUAAGCUGCUGUGUAGUAAUGGGGGCAGCCAUUCAAAGGAGAAAAGGCUCAGGUUACACAGCAGAUAAGCUCUGUAGCACAUAAUGGUGUUAUCUGUUAUCCACUAUUUAACCUGUGCCAUAUAGACUUUUUUCAAUUUCCGCCAUUGCUACACAGCAGCUUGUUUAUAUGAACUAUAGUAAUGUUUCUGAAGCAAACACAUCAGUUUUACCAGUGCAGGGCAACACUGCAUUAUAUUUUCAUUACUUAAAAAUACUUUCAUUUUUUGGUGUUACUGUUCCUUUAACCUUAACCCCCCCCCCCCCUCUGUAACGUUAUCUAUGCAAUGGCCCGAAGGCCAGUUGAUGCUUCUUCCACACACAACUGGCAUCUAUACUCCGCUUCUGGGUAGUCGCCAUUUCUUUGCAGCAAGUUCACACAACUCUUAUUACAUACUUCCCUGGAUUAUUUAUUCCUAGUCCGUUAGCACCCUAGUUUCUUUACCCAGGAGUGGUAUAUUCUUUCCCCCUGGCAGGUGUGGGACCUUUGUACAACAUAUCGGGGAUCAUUUAUCAACACUGGGAUAAUUUGCCCAUGAGCAGUAACCCAUGGAAACCAAUCAAACUGCUGCAUUUAGUUUUUUUUACUAGCUGCUGGCUUUUAAAAGCUAAUCACCGAUUGGUUGCUAUAGGUAACUGCCCACUGGCAAAUUUGCCCAGUGUUGAUAAAUGAGCCCCACUGACAGCUUAUUUUUCCCUAUUUUCACCCCUAACCCUCCCUUUGUGAGGUCAGUGCAGCGUUCUUCUCCUGUAAAAUGGCUUCAAACUGCAGGCAGGGGAGAUAUAACAAGCAUGCUUUAAAGGGGUAGUUCACCUUUCAAUUAACUUUUAGUAUGUUAUAGAAUGGCAAGUUCUAAGCAGCUUUUCAAUUGGUCUUCAUUAUUUAUUUAUUUUUAUAGUUUUGGAAUUUUGCCUUUCUUGCUUUCAAAUGGGGGUCGCUGACCCCAUCUAAAAGCAAAAUGCUCUGUAAAGCUACAAAUUUAUUGUUAUUGCUACUUUUUAUGACUCCUCUUUCUAUUCAGGGCCUCUUUCAUAUUCCAAGUUCUUAAUUAAAUCAGUGCAUGGUUACUAGGGUAAUUUUGACCCUAGCAACCAGAAUACUGUAAUCGCAAUCUGGAGAAAUGCUAAAUAGCUCAAAAACCACAAA